AUGAUUCCAAAUUUAUUUUCUCCUCAACAAAUUAACAAUCAAAAUAAGAAAAAUUUUCCUUUAAUAUCUUCUGAGCCUUCAAUUAAGAUUGCUUACGGAUCUGUGGGUAUUAGCCUUUUUUGUCUUGGUGUAAUGGCUCUAUUGCUUCCUUUGCUUCAUUAUCGGCUAGAAACUGCCUCUACGGAUAUUGAACGUCGAAUGGAUGCUUUUAAAUUCGCCUCUAGAAAUAUUUGGAAAGAAUUAUUAUUUGAAGAAUCGGGAAGUCGUGUUCGUCGCCAAUCUGGUGGUGAUUACGGGGCAGAAGAGCAAUGCACAAGCUGUGUACAAUUACAAUGCCCUCCUGGGCCUCCAGGCCCGCCUGGAGUUAAUGGAGAGGAUGGGGUGGAUGGACAACCUGGACGGCCGGGAAAGCCUGGACUUGAUGGACUGGAUGUGCCUCUUGAACCAGAGCCCAGCUUUCCAUGCGUGAUCUGUCCAGCUGGACCUCCAGGAAACAGAGGACCUCAAGGAGAAGCAGGACGGCCUGGGCCGCCAGGAGAACCCGGUCAUGCAGGUCUUCCGGGAAGGCCAGGGAAGCCUGGACGUGUUGGUGAUGCCGGAUUGCCUGGUGUGAGAGGAGAAACAGGAGAGCCCGGCAUGAAAGGUCCUCCCGGAGAUGACAGUAUCGGUGGAACCGGAAUCAAAGGGCCGCCAGGUCCUGCCGGCCCGCGUGGACCGAAAGGACCACCUGGACCCAAUGGCACGCCUUCACAAAAUGCCGGACCUCCAGGACCCGUUGGAGAGCCAGGACCGCCAGGUCCACCAGGAAAAAGAGGAGAGCCAGGACCUCCAGGGCCAAUAGGAGCGCCAGGUGAUGCUGGAGAAUCUGGAGGUCAUUGCCCAUCCUCAUGUGGAAUUCAAAAUAUUAUUGCACCCUCAAUUGCUGAAUUAGAUACUGGAGAUAUUCACCAACCAAAAAGUGGAGGGUAUUGAGAAGCUGAGAUUAUUAAAUUAAUAAAAAAUAAAUUGUUAAAAAGUGUUUUAUUUUAAAAUUUUAAUAAAAUUUUAAUUUGUCAAAAAAUAUGUAGGUGAAAGUUACAUUCUUAAUAGGAAAAUAUUUAAAAUAGGGUAGCACCCCGUCCCCCGAAAAAAUUUUUAGCGAAAACUCCGACACGACCCCCAAUGAAUUUUUUUCUGGCAAAAACCCGACACGAACCCUGAAGGUUCUACCCCGACAAAACCCAAACCCGACACUCCACCC